AUUCAAGGAACAAAUAAGUCAGCAUCUUAUGGAAUAUAAAACAAUAAUCAAUUCAGCAGCUGCAGAAAAGAUUCCGGAUCAAGAUAGAAAUGAAAAAAUAUUAGAGGGUUCCAUAGAAGAAUUGGAAAGAGACUUGGAAGAGAUAAGGCUAUCGUAUCAAAACAAAGCUUUAGCAUUACAAAGGUUUAUCUGGGAUACUAUUAAACAUAUCAUGAUGCUUAGUACAGCAAUACUUAAAUCAAAGCAGCAAUCCCGUGAACUGGAAGAAAAACUGAAUGAGGUUAAGAAGAGCAGAUUAGAAUUAAAGCGAGCUGGAGAAUGUAAACUGGCACAAAUACAUGAUAUGAAGAGAAAACAAAAAAAGGAUUUAGAAAAUAUGGAGGUUGGUGAAAUGUUGAAGAAAGUUCGUAAAAAUGUACAAAAGGAAAUUCAGAUGACUACAUUGAUUCAAAACAUUUUUCAGAACCUUAUUACUGGAAGUGGAGUAAAUUGGGCAAAGGAUCCAGCAUUGAAGAGAAUUGUUCUACAACUGGAGAAUAAUGUGACUGACAUCUGAAACAUUGUUAAUGACUAUUUUAUUUCUGUGGUUUCCAAAUUCAGAGAUAAAAGUGUAAUCUAUCAGGUUUUUGUAAUAUACUAGUCAUAUGCUAAGAGUAAUGUAUCUACAAGAAUAUAUUCCACUGAAGUAUGGUUGAUAUAGCAACAAAAAGGAAAUUCUGUUGUAGUCAUUGUAAAUGUAUCCAAGAAGCUAUUACAGGAGAGUCACUUAGCUGUAAAAUAAUUCACAUCUUCUCUUAAUUUUGCACAAGUUUCCAAUUGCUGAUUCCAGUAAUAUCAGAGCAAUAGGCCUUGGGCAAAAGUAGAUAUUUACAAAGGUAGCCACUUUGUUCUC